AUGGGAACGAGCGAGGAAAAGACGCCAUUUAAGGCUUCCAAACCAGCAUCCUCGUCACAGGACAUUCCUCCCACUCCGUAUUCAGACUGGUCAAACUCAGUGCAGGCUUAUUAUGGCGGAGGAGGUACUCCAAGUCCGUUUUUCCCAUCCCCAGUUGGAUCUCCUAGUCCUCACCCUUACAUGUGGGGUGCUCAACACCAUAUGAUACCGCCUUAUGGGACCCCAGUUCCGUACCCAGCGAUGUAUCCCCCAGGGACAGUCUAUGCCCAUCCUGGCAUGCCCAUGCCUCAGGCUUCAGGUCCAACCAACACGGAGACCGUCAAAGAUAAAGCCCCUGGCAAGAAGUCAAAGGGGAACAUGAAAAGAAAAGGUGGAGGAGGUGAGAAGGCGCCUUCUGGUUCAGGGAACGAUGCUGUAUCUCAAAGUGACGAAAGUGUCACAGGUGGUUCAUCUGAUGAGAACGAUGACAAUGCCAACCACCAGGAGCAAGGUUCAGUUAGAAAGCCGAGCUUCGGACAGAUGAUGGCUGAUGCAAGUUCUCAGAGUAAUACUACUGGUGAGAUCCAAGGUUCCAUGCCCAUGAAGCCAGUGACCCCGGGGACCAAUCUUAACAUGGGGAUGGACUUAUGGUCUUCUCAGCCUGGCGUAGCUGUGAAGGAUGAAAGAGAGCUCAAGAGGCAGAAAAGGAAACAGUCUAACCGUGAAUCCGCUAGGCGGUCAAGAUUGCGGAAGCAGGCGGAAUGCGAGCAGCUUCAACAGAGAGUAGAGAGUUUGACGAGUGAGAAUCAAAGCCUUAGAGAUGAGUUACAGAGACUCUCUGGCGAAUGUGAGAAGCUCAAGACUGAGAACAACUCUAUUCAAGAUGAGUUGGUAAGAGUGCAUGGACCAGAGGCCGUAGCUAGUCUAGAACAGAAUGCUGCUGCGUCUAAAGAUGGCGAAGGAACACAUUAA